UGAGAAAAGUGGAGACAAUUUUUUAUUAAAUAUUGCAAGGAGAAGAAGAAUCGCAAUCGCAAAGAGGAAUCUUCUGUUAAAAGAAAUCCUAAGAAGGAGACGAGUUACAAAAAUCCAAAAUUUUUUUAACACAAUUGAGCUAUAUGAUGGCGACGUAUUCUUCUCCCACUUCCGCAUGACCCGUAACACAUUUGCUAAACUAAUGAAUGCUCUACAGCCUUUCUGGUCAAUGUUGGACACGCAUUAUACAUUGAAACAGUCCCUGUACCUAUUUUUGUGGAAGCUGAGCAACAGCCGAAUUACAUAUCGAUAGCUCUCAGAUCGAUUCAACGUAGGAAAGGGGACAGCUGACAAACUUUUUUUCAAAACCAUUGAAGAAGUAUGCUGCCUUAGAAAUGAAAUUUGUUGGCUUACGGUUGCCAAACAGCAGGACGUUAUGGAAUGAUUUCAGGCGAAAAGACCAAACUCGAUCCCCUUUGUUGUUGGAUGUGUGGAUAGAAUCCACUUCAUAAUAAAUACCCCGAAUAACGACGCAAUCAGCUAAUACGAUCGCAAGGGACACUUUUCAAUAAUAAUGCAGGCUAUAUGCGAUAGCAAUCUUCGAUUUUUGGAUAUCUUUAUUGGCUAUCCUGGAAGUUGCCACGACGCCAACGUUUGGAAAAAUAGCCCAAUUUAUCAAAAGAUCUCGUCGGGCGAAGUUCAGCUUGCUAGCGGGGCCAUAAUAUUAGCAGACUCCCCUUAUCCGCUAACAAAAUAUUUAAUGGUCCCAUAUAGGGAUAAUGGGCAUCUUUCUACGGAAGAGAAACGAUUUAACUACUACCUUAGUUCCACACGAGUAUUAAUAGAGCAGGCUUUCGGCGUUUUGAGACAAAAAUUUAGAAUAUUAAAUCACAUCGAUGUAUCAUCUAUAAAGGAUGCUUCAAAAAUUGUAAUGGCCUGUACUAUACUACACAAAUUUAUAAUAGAGCAUGACGGCGAUCUAAGUUCAAUGGAUUCUUUGGAAAACAAUUUAGAACAAAAUAUAUCUGACAAUGCUGGCGCAAUAGAAGUUAUCGAAAACAUUAACGAGAAUAGGGAAGGAAUUAUAAGAAGAAACGAAAUAAAAAUGUUAUUUUCAUCGUAAAGUUUUCGUUUAUUAAUUAAUAAAAAAAGAUUAACAAAACAAAUGCUUAUAGCAUAAACAUUAAUUCAUUUGAGAUCAUAAGCUUGAGUUCAGUAGUAAGUGUUAUAUUAUUAUUAUUUUAUAAUAAAGCAUGUUUAUGAUCGCUUCUCUAAAAUUUCCCUUAACGCAUUUAGGACGCCAAUUUUUUCCUUUCCUAUUUCUAACCUCGCUCUCUCCAGCUGUAUUAGUUCCUCAUGGCGUUUUUGCUCUUGAAUAGCCUCUGUCUUUAAAUAGAAUAAUGUUUCGUUCGUUGAUUUUCUGGAGCGCUUCCAGCGUAGCUAUCCGAUUCGCCUUCGCUCUCCUCACAUGGGGGACUUGCCAAGGAGGACUCCAAAUUUCCACAGGAGGUUGGAUUGAACGUCGGCUCCCAUCAACAGCAUCAAACUCGUCAAAAUACUACCAGCUGGUAGCAUCCCUUCCUGUUUCUUUGUUCCGCUUCUUUAUCCUCUUGUACGAUGCCAAUAAGUUUAAAAACUUUCUCUGGAGUAGCUCUUUAGAAUCCGGAACUUCGGGAUUCAAGGCCUUCAUGGCCUCUAGGACUUUACCCCAAAGAAAUGAUUUUUUUCUUUUUGCCGGCAGCAAAUUCAGCCUCCAUGUCCAGUCGGCAUCGUACCAAAAGUUUAUUAGGAGCGGAACCCAGUCUUUCGCUGCAAAAAAGUAAAGAGACAUAAUAAUCAAAACUAUUGGCAACCUAUCUAUAUUAUAGAUCAUAUGAUACGAAAUAAAUCACAAUUAUGCUUACCUUUCUUCUUCCAUUGUGUUGUGCAAACGAAAAUUUUUUGAUGCCGGUUAUUUCAAUAAUUUGCGCGCAUUAAGUGUCAACAGAACGUGUGACUUUUGCAAGUGUUGCCACAUAUCCGCGCCGAACGUGAUACUUUGGCAAAAUUUGCAACACUGCUGCUGUGAUUGCCAUCUCGAACGCACCCAAAAUUUUCAAAUAGUUUUUGGAGUCGCACCAGCAGCUGGUACAAUCACACCACAAGAACAUACACGG